CCGUAUGUUUGCCUUCCUAACCCGAUAAGGCUGCUUCCAACACAUUUCCUUCUAAAUACAGAGCAGUGUCGAGGCGCUGAGGCUCUUUAUGAAGCUCUCACACGGCGCUUACACACCAGCCAGGCCCCAGUCACCUCCACGGUCUCGCACUGUAACGAGUAUUUAAUGAUUAUUACUAUUAUUAUUGUUAUGAUGAUGAAGAUGAUGAUGAUGAUGGCGGCCCCCUUUCGCCGCCAUGUUGAAAGCCCUGCAACCCUCGUGACGUCACUGGCGCGCGUUCCUUCCGGUGGACGCUGAGUGGAGCUGCAGCCGCUGAGUGUUUAACCCGCACUGGAGACAAAGCCACGAACAUAAUCACCUCGCUUUGGAUCAAUCAGACGUGUUUAUUUACCUUAUUAAAUAACUCCUACCGAGUCAGUUACUCGCCAGCAGCUGAAGAUUCCACUAAGCAAAGAAGUUUUCAUUCUCCUAAAUGGAUAUGUUUCAUAUGUCUUCAUCAUCCGGAUUUGAAUAUAACAUGCUGCUGUAGCCAUUCAACCGGAUGUUUGAAGAGACAGCCACACAGAUGACACUGGAACACUCGAUAAGCUGCUUUCAUUAGAGAAAGUUUAGUUUCUUAGCAGAAAUUCAGUCUGCUAAAAUGGAUGGGGAGGAAGGCCUUUCUCAAAAGACUGAUGAUGUGCACUUGGAACAUAACGGUUCUGUGGAGAAUGACAAGAGAAAAGAGGUCAAAGAAACCUGUUUGAAAAUUGAGGGGCAAGACGGUUAUGUUUUUAAAUCAUACAGCAUGACCCCUCAUGAGAAUCCACUGGCAAAAAAGUCUUCACUUGUGUCCUCGUCCCUGAAGGGAACACUCAGUGAUGUAUCUUCUCAGGUUGAUGGACAUUUAGUAGAUGGUCCAGAGGCAGAAACCUGUGAUAAGCAGAACUGUUCAACUUCUCCAGCCAUUUCAGAUGAUACAACUCAUACUACUGAAAUAGACAAAGAUAAUUCAAUAAAUGACACAAGUGUACAUAUCAAAGAGGAACCAGUUGAAACGGGUGAAAGUUCUCAGGAGGACGAUAAGUUAUUCUUUGAUGGGGCUGUAGGCCCCUUUGUCACUAGAAGUAAUGAUGAUGAUUAUGAUAACCUACUGAGUGGCUACACAAGUACUCUUUACGAUGUUGCAAUGGAUGCGGUCACACAAAGCCUUCUGACAUCUAUUAGAAACCCUCUUAAUCCAAGAAAAAAAUCUCCUGCAUGGAACCAUUUUUUCAUAUCUCCCCGCGAUAGUACCAAAGCUAUCUGUAUGUAUUGUAUGAAAGAGUUCAGUCGAGGUAAAAAUGAGAAAGACCUCAGCACUAGUUGUUUAAUGAGGCAUGUGCGAAGGGCUCACCCUACUGUACUUUUACAAGACAGUGACUCGCCAAAUACUUCAUCUAAUUCUGCCUCAUCUCUAAUACCUCCUGUCAAAUCACCAAAUAAUGAUCUGGCAGCUAGCAGUAAAUCCCACUCAAACAAUCACACCUCACCCUCCACCUCUACAGCAGAAGCCGCAGAUGUAGCAUUCAAAGAGGUAUCCCAAAAAGUCAAGCCAAAAGUGGAAAAGAGUGCCAAGGCUGACUCUGGUGCAGCCCCAUCCCCUCAUUCCAUUAACAACCACAGUGAUGACGCCAUGGACAUUGGGUCUGACUGCUCAGGAUCUACGCCUAAGAGUGCAAAUUCUCGAAGGCGAUCAGCCGUGUGGAAACACUUUUAUCUGUCUCCUGCUGAUAGCUCCAAAGCAGUGUGUAUUCACUGUAUGAAUGAGUUCAGUCGGGGUAAAAACGGGAAAGACCUAGGGACAAGUUGUCUAAUUCGCCACAUGUGGCGGGCCCACCGAGACAUUGUCAUCGAAGAAAAUGGACAGGGUUCAACAAUUCCUCCACCAUAUACAACACCGCCAACACUGUUAUCACACUCGCAGAUGCAGGACCCUGUAGAAGUCAAAAAAGAACCCCCUUGUACCUCCUCAUCCCCUGAAACCAUGUCAGAUGAAGUGCCCAUGGAUGACCGUGAAAAUAUGGAAUUUAAGGAGGAGGUAAACGAUGCCUCAUAUCAUUCUGGACACGAGUCUUCACUGAACAUGUCUUUUGGUCUAAAAAGUGAAAGCAUACAGCUGUCAUCCUCCCCAGAAGAUUCUGCUGAAGUCUCAAGCCUAACUCAAGAGCCAAGCUCAGUUUUCCAACAAAAUAAAAAGAUAAUGAAAAGAGUGAAAUCUGAAGUAUGGCACCACUUCAUUGUCUCCCCAGUUGACCAGCUCAAGGCUUUGUGUCGAUACUGUCCAUGUGUCAUUAGUCGGGGCAAACGUGGAGAUUUCGGCACAAGCUGUUUGAUGCGUCAUCUGAUGAGACGGCAUCCUGAUGUCCUAAAGAACCAAAAAAGCACAAGUGACAAAGCGACCUUACCUCAGUCACUCCAUAGAACCCUCACUGCAGAGGAGGACAUGUCAUCAAAUGCGACUGACAGCCCUGCUAGUGAGAAGAAACAGCACACACAAACCAUUUUUAGCAAAAAGACUUCAAAGCUGUGGAAUCACUUUUCUCUUUCUUCUGCAGACCCUACAAAGGUGGUCUGUUUGCACUGUAACCGCACAAUAAGCAGGGGGAAAAAGACAACAAACCUGGGCACUAGUUGCUUGUUUAGGCACAUGCAGAGGUUUCAUGGACAUGUGCUUGAGAAUAAUAGUAAUAUCUCAGGGGAUGCAUCAUCUGCAGAAAUUCAAGUAAAACAGAAGCUCAUGGACACAUCUGCGUAUGAGGAGAGUAGUGAAAAAUUUGAUGAUUGUCACCCAGUUGCCAAAAAAAUCACCAGACUCGUUGCUGAAAUGCUUGCACUGGAUCUUCAGCCAUCAGCUGUGGUGGAAAAUGUUGGUCUGAACCGAUUACUGGAAUACCUCCAACCACAGUAUUCUCUUCCUUCUUCAUCAUACUUCACCAGCACUGCCAUACCAGAAAUGUACGAAAGUGUAAAAGAGGUUGUCCUGACACACCUCAAAGAGGCUGAGAGUGGAAUUAUUCAUUUCACAACAAGCAUAUGGGUAAGCAGCCAAACGCGGGAAUACCUGACUCUUACAGCCCACUGGGUGACGUUUGAGUCACGUGUCCGACCUCAGGGCCAAGAUUUCCACUGCUCAGCUCUGCUUGGUGUCUCCCCAAUAGACUGUGAUUAUAACAUGCUUAGCAUACAGAAGCAACUUGAGUACCUUUGGGACACCUGGAUUGUUUCCUCAGGCCUGAAGCUUGGAUUCACUGUCACUGAUAAUCAAGCCAUUGGAAAUGUUCUGGAGGACAAUGCUCACACCCUCAUGAACUGUUUUGGUCAUAACAUAGAUCUCAUCGUUAAUGAAGCCAUAAAGAGCCAGAGGAUGGUACAGAACUUGUUAAGCAUCGCGCGAAAGAUCUGUGAACGAGUACAUCGUUCGGCAAAGGCAAAGGAGAAGCUGGCAGAACUUCAAAAAGCCUAUAACUUGCCUGAAAAUCAGUUGAUCCAGGAUGUUCCCUCCAAGUGGAAGACCUCAUAUUUUAUGCUUGAAAGGUUAGUUGAGCAAAAGAAAGCCAUUGACGAAAUGUCUUUAGAGUGCAAUUUCAGGGAACUUAUAAGCUGUGACCAGUGGGAGGUGAUGCAAUCAGUUUGCAACGCUCUGAAACCUUUUGAAGUGGCCUGCAGGGAAAUGAGCAAUCGAACGGCCACUCUUGGCCAGGUCAUACCGCUCAUUCAUAUUCUCAACCGCAAGAUAGACAUGCUUUUCGACGAGACUAUGGGUAUUGAUAACAUGCUUAAAUCUCUAAAAGAGGCCAUGGUGACCAGAAUGUCUCCCACACUUCAUGAUCCACGUUAUACAUGGGCAACGAUGCUGGACCCUAGGUACAAGACAUCCCUGUUCACCGAGGAGGAGGCUGAGAAGUGUAAGCAGGAGCUCAUACGAGAAGUUCAGAGGGUAUCCAUAUCUGCGUCUGCAGAAACGAAACCUCCAUUGUCUAAUGGGUGCAGUGAGGACCCAGCUCCAUCUAACAGUUCAACCACAAACAAGGACAACCUGUGGGCCCUGAUGGAUGACAUAAGGCAAAAGAUUAAGCAAGAUGACCGGCCAAAGUCAUCCGAGCUUGCUGUUCUGGAGUAUUUGGAGGAAGAUAUACUUGACCAGAGCUGUGAUCCUUUGGACUAUUGGAAUCUCAAGUUGUUCUUGUGGCCUGAGCUUGCCAAAGUAGCCGUACGUUAUGUGGGUUGUCCACCCAGCAUUGUACCAGCAGAUACACUGUUCAGCACAUCAAGUGUGAACUGUGCCCUGAAUCAGUCUCGACCAUUGCUAGAAAAUCUUGAAAGACUCUUAUUUUUAAAGGUCAACCUUCCUUUGAUAUAUUUUCAGUACUAAGAACAUUUUUUUUUGUGUGUGCAAGACUUUCGUAGACCCCAAUGAACCCUGACCAAGGACCAAAUCACUUCCGAGAUGGCCCUUUAAACUUAAAAUACUUUACACUGAGGUAUAGAUUUGGUAUAUAGAACAUGUUAAGUUAAAUAAAUGUUUUGUAUGCAUACUACUGUUCAAUGCUUGAUAACUGGAGUUAGUCUUCUACCCGGUGAAAAGUGUUUUCAGGGAACGAGUGUGGGGGGGGGGAGGGAUACGUAGAUUUAGGGGUUGGGGUGUGUGUGUGUGUGUGUGUGUGUGUGUUGCUGUACACUUUUUUUAUGGCCAGAUAUUUUUUCCUUCUCUCUCCUUGUGCCUUAUAUGAACUACUUCAGGUCAAAAUGCUGUAUAUAUUAUUUGAUGUGCAACAAUGUUUUUGUCUUCUGACUUAAUGAUUAUGUAAAAUGCAAACAGAUGCUGAAUACUGUUUUUAUAUAUAAGAAUACGUGAUCCAAAAAGAAAUGCUGUGACUGAAAACUGUUUAAAUGUCUUUAAUUUAAUUAUUUCAUUGUGAUAUUAUGGAUAACGGUACUGUCCAUUAGAAUUAGUACUUUUUUUUAGACUUGAAAAAAAAAAUUAACAUUAUGUAAAAUGGUGUUGUAAUUUCAGGGUGAGCAAUCUGUUUAAAAAUUAAUUUCUCAGGCACAAUUCUUCUUCUUUUUUUUUUUUUUUCCUGGGGUAUUAAAUUAUGGAUCAAUGUCAAAAUGAUGUACAUUUUAUAAAAUGAUUUCCAAAAAUAAUUUGCUAAAGAGUCAGACUGAAACCAUGCAAUUUUGGUGGUUAAUUUGUUAAUAAAAUGUUUACCCUUU